ACUGUAAAAUCAUCAAUUUUAGGUUACGAUUAGGAGUGACACAUGUCAAAAAGUGUAAACAAAUGGUAAAUAAAUAAUAAGUUGUUUAACCGGUCAAAUUUUAAUGGAAAAGCUAAAAGAAAAAAUAGCUCCCGAUGUGUAUGAAAAUUUACUUAAAGGUAACACAAAUAUAAUCACAAACCACUUAAAAAUUGAAUCUUUUGAAGCAAACAUUGCCUCACCAAGUGCAAUUUUUUCACAUACGAAGACCGAACUAAUGCAGAUGACCGAUCUUGAUUCAAACUGUGUUGAGGAAGUUUUGAAGGAAAGUGCUAAUAUAGUUUUAAGCGGGAAAAUAGGAACAGUCGAUGACUAAUGACUAUGCUAAUAACAAUAUUUUUCUUUGAUUGUACUUUUGUCACCUAAAAAUGCCAAUUCAAAAAUGAAAACGCACCAGAUGCCCAAAUGGCAUCGUAUUAGUACAGGCUGUUCUGCAAUAGACGCAAUCACGCGAGGGGGUAUAGCGGUGAACAGAAUUUCAGAAAUUGUUGGCUAUGCUGGUGUUGGAAAAACACAGUUGUGCUUACAACUGUCUUUAAUGGCACAGUUACCAAUUAGUUUGGGCGGUUUAGGAAAAAGCGUGGUCUAUUUAUGCACUGAAGAUGCGUUCCCUAUUAAAAGAUUAAAAGACUUGGCAAUAACAUACUCGCUGAAGUACCACGAUUUGGGAAUAAAUUUUGAGGACAAUAUUUUCAUUGAACAUCUAGCGGAUGUUGAACAACUGAAAAAAUGUUUAUCCAAUUCUUUAACAAAGCUUUUACUAGUGAAAAAUGUUGGUUUAGUUGUGAUUGAUUCAAUUGCGGGGAUUUUUCGCAGCGAAACUUUGGACGUUAAUUACAAAAACAGGAAUCAGGAUUUUAUUUUAAUAGUAACUUUGUUGAAUAAACUGGCAAAAAAGUACGGCUUUGCAGUGGUUUGCGUCAACCAGGUGACCGAUAAUCCAACAACAAAUGUCACUGAACCUUGCCUAGGGUUGGCUUGGAGUAACUGCCUUACGUAUCGUUUCAAUAUCAACAGAUUUGUAAAUACUAAAGUUAGAGAAUUUGAAGUUGUUUUUGCACCAGACUUAUCAAAUCAAACUUGUAAGUUUACCAUUACAGGGGAAGGUCUAAGACCUGUUGCAUAGUCAUGUUACUUGUAAUAUAUGUUCUAAUAGAAUAAAAGUGUUUUUGUAAAUAGAA